CGGCCUGUUCGAGCAGCCCGUUGCGUGAUUGUUCGUGCUAGCCCUCCACCCCAGAUCCCAGUCGGUCUCGCGCAGAUGGGUGCCAAGGCCGCCAAGGCGUCCCGCUUGCGGGAGUCCUUCGCCAGCGCCGACGUGCCACCGAGUGCCUUCGCCGAGGGUCGAGGCGCUGCGAUCCCCGCGGGCGUCUCCCUGGACGAGCAGCCGGGCGCCCGCGCUGCCCCCGCCGAGCCCAAGACGCCGAGGCAGAACCGACUCAAAGAGGAGGCCCUCGCUGACUUCGACCGGGUGCUGCGCGUGCUCCGCAAGGACAGCCUCGGCAGGGAGGACUUCGUCGAGCUCCUCUCCGUGAGCUUCGGCUGGUCUGGCGACGGUGGCGCUGUUUUCGACGAGCUGUGCCGCGCGGUGUCCAGGGCCGCGCCAUCCAGUGCGCCAGUGGAGCGCUUGGAACUGGUUGGCAUGAAGGCGCUCUACAACUCGGACGCCUACGCCAGCGUCGAGGACCCGAAUCGCUGCAGCGAUCAGCUCAUCGGUGCUAUCGGGUGGCUCUUCGACAAGUACAAGGAAGAGGACGAGGACCACCUGACCCUCGAGGAGUUUGGCGGCCUCGUGGAUCACCUGCUGGGAGGCAGGAGUCUGUUCGAAGCACCCCAGCGCCCCGACAAGGGUUCCCUGAUGGGUUCCGUCAUCACGGAUCAGGUAUGGCGAAUAUCUUCAAUAAGGAGGACAUCGCGGCGAUCGCAAUCCUCGCGGCAAUCGUCUAUCUCCGCCAUCCACCGCAUCCACCACAAACCUAGCCUGCACCGAGCAACGACCAUGGAGAAGGCCUUGGAGGUGGAGCUGCGCAAGAGCUCGAAACACAUGGCUCCCUCAUUCAUCGCGCCCUCGACGGAGGAACUGCAGACCCUGUUCGACGCGGUGGCCGACGGUCCGGGCGGCUUGAUUUCGAAGGAGCAGCUGUUCGAGGCAUUGCUUCCCACCGCGGUCUCGGACGAGGAGGUUGUGCCGGGCAUCCAGGUGAGGGACUUGGACCCCGCGCAUACCAGCGCGGAGCACUUCGUCACAGUGCUCGAGGCUUGGUCUCUCAACCACCCUGCUCUCAAUCACCACCUGCUGCGCUCCAUGUCCGUGGGCGCGUUUGGCAACGAGACGCUCGCGACCGUGGGCCACUUCAUGAAGGCUUACAGCUACUACGCCCGCAGUUUCACCAAGUUUCUCGGAGCCACCGCCUCGCUGCUCGACGACAUCGAUCCCGGGCACGCCAGGGUCCUCUCGGAGAAUGCGGAGGAAGAGGCGGGACACUACGACCAGGUCACCAUCCAGGAGAUGCACAAUUUGGGCCUGGACACCGAGAGGCUGGUGAACGUCGCUCACAAGGAUGUGUACCAGAGGACGAUGAACAACAUCAUCGAGAGGGCGGACCUGGAGUGCUGGCCCGACGACGUCUACUCUGACAUCGCCGAUCCGAUCUGCGCGGCUUUUGAGUGGUGCUGCACGGAUUUGGGGUGCUCUGUGCAGACCGCCCUGUCGGCAAUGUACUUCGGGAGCGAGCUGGUCACGCCCACGAACUACAGAAAGAUCAGCGCUCGCGUCCUCGACGACGGUCGCCUGACGAAGGACGAUGUCGCUUUUUUCCCGCUGCAUAUCGACAUGGACGCCGACCACGCCGACCACAUGCGUCCCGUCGUCAUCAGCCUGGCGAAGACCCACUGCGAGCGUGUCAGUAUGCUGGAGGCCGUCAGCAAAGUCAUGGAUGCGCGCGUGCAGUUCCUCGACAAGCUUGUCGAGAAGCUCGCAAAGAGCACCGGGCACGGCACCCAGGGGAGCGGACUGUUGUACGACAAGCAGGCCACGAGCUGGGCGCGCAAGGAGCCGACGUGCCUCAGCGACUUUACCGGCCGCCCUGUGGUUUUUGACUUCUGCCGCCCGCAUGCCACAGGGUCCUUGGUGCUGGACAUCGGCUGUGGAGAGGGCUACGUGUCGCGUUCGCUCUUGCAGAUGGGCGCGGCCGCGACCGUGGGCAUGGACAUCAGCGCUGGGAUGGUGGAGGCCGCGCAGCGCCAGGCUGGCAACAACGAGGUGUAUUUCCAGGGUGACGCCACGGGACUGGAGGAGGCCCUCCGGGCGCGCUGGUUUGAAGUGAAGAUCAUGCGAGAUGCGGCUUCAAGUUUGGGCAGUUUUGACCUUGCCGUGGCUGUCUUUGUGUUCAACUAUACGACGAAGACUGAUAUGGUCAAGAUCUGCCAGCAGACCGCGAGGGCGCUCAAGCCGGGGGGGCACUUCGUCUUCAGCGUGCCCCAUCCCUUCAUGCUCCAAGCCCACGGCAAGGAGAGCACGGGAUGUGUGUUUUCCUUCGACACGUCCGGGGUCAGCGGCGACCGAUACUUUUCGCUUCGCGAUACCAAGUUUGCAGGCGUCAUCAAAACCAUCACAGGUAGCGAGCUGAAGGUGAAGAUGACAUUCCACACGCUCCAGGCACGGUGGCGGAUUUCGACGCACUCAACGAGGCGGGUUUGGAGUUUUUGGCAAUGGAGGAGGCUUGCGUGA